UAUUAAUUUCAAAUAAAUAAUUUUAGGUCUUUUAAUUUUUUUAUUCUCUUACCAAGAAGUUGAAUAAUAUUACUUUAGUUCGGUAAGUCAAGUUUGAAUGUCUCAUCUAAAAGGAUGGAAGUAUGUUGCAUUCCUAUCAGCUUUUGUUGGCAGCAUAGGAAUAGCAACUUAUCCAAUCAUUAUUUAUCCAAUGACGCACGUUGACGAUUACAAAAAGUCACAAGAACUAAACCGUGCACAAUUAGAUCAAUCUAGAAUAAGCCCUGAAGCUGCUGGAAAUAUGAACAAAUGGACUGAUCCAUUUGAUCGAAAAAACGAGUGAUGCUAUAGUAAACUGGAACAACAAUUUUUUUUAUUGAAAAUGUGUAAACAUGUGUAUUUAUUUACAAUUGGGACAGAUGUGUUGGUAAAUAAAGGUAUCACAKUAGAUAAUAAUAUAAAUAAUAUAACAAUAUGUAUAAUGUAUAGUGUAAAUAGCAUACCUGCUGAUAUUAUUAACAAAUAAAAUUUAUUAUUUGGUCUUCAAUAAAGUUGUGUUACACCCUCUGGAAUAAUAAUAUUAUGUUGUAAAAAUAUAUGAUGUAUGGAUAAUCUGAGAUUAAAACUUCAGACAUCAUUAAAACCAACAUAUACCUAUAUCAAUAAUUAAAUCCCAUGAAACAUCUUCAAUUCUGAUCUAUAAAGCAAUAUCAGGAUCAACAGGAUAUAUGAUCAAUUAUUUAUAAUAAUAAAUAAUAAACAGUUCCAACUACUAUACAUUUUCAACAACUUUAUUAUCUACAUUUAACAUACCAAUAUGUAAUAAAUAUAAAUUGUAAAAAUUCUGAGAAUGCAUUAUUCAUACAAUUACAAAUACG